AUUGGCUGACACCUCAUGCAUAUACAUAUCAGGUGGUUGGUCAAUCCAAGUCUGUGUCAGCAGGGCAGCCUGGGGCCAGGUACAUCCGGCCGGCCCCCAGAGCUGGAGCAGGCACCCUUGGGGGUACGGAGAUGAGCACCCUGGACCUGGCCCGGGUGGGCGCUUGUGUGCUCAAGAAUAUAGCGACUGGAGAAGCUGUGGAGCUGCGGAGCCUGUGGCAGGAGCGUACCUGCGUGGUCCUGGCGCUGCGGCGCUUCGGCUGCAUGGUGUGUCGCUGGAUCGCCCAGGAUCUGAGCAGCAUCAAGGACCUCCUGGACCAGCAUGAGGUGCGCCUGGUGGGCAUCGCCCCGGAGACCCUGGGCCUGCAGGAGUUUCAGGAGGGACAUUACUUUAAAGGAGAACUGUAUCUCGAUGAGAGUAAGCAGAGUUACAAGGAGCUGGGAUUUAAGAGGUACAACACCCUGAGCAUCAUCCCUGCUGCUCUUGGGAAGCCAGUCCGAGAUGUUGCUGCCAAGGCAAAGGCCAUUGGCAUCCAUGGGAACUUCUCUGGUGACCUGCUGCAAAGUGGAGGGAUGUUAAUUGUCAACAAAGGUGGUGACAAGGUACUGCUGCAUUUCAUCCAGAGCUCUCCCGGGGACUACGUUCCCCUGGAAACCAUCCUCCAGACAUUGGGCAUCUCUUCGGAUGCUCGCUCUGGCGCGAAGCCUCAGUGCAAUGAGGACGUGUGCAUGAGAUGAUGGGUGACAGCCAGAACCCCCACCCCCUGCCUCAUUCCUGUAGACUUCCUCCUCCCGAGCCUCUUCCCAGGAGAGCCCCCCUACAAGAGCCUGGAACAGAGCCAAGACCUGCCUGAGAGCCGUACCUGACCUGUGAAUGCUAUUCAUUAAAAUUGGGUUAUCGAAUGA